AUGGAGAAAAAAAUCUGUGGCAGUUCGCGUCUCCUCGCCCCCCGCCUUUGUCACGCUGCCGUCCUGUCCGCCUCACACUCCAUGUCGAUACGCUCCUGGGCCGCGCGAGUGCUCGAAGCCAAUCAACGCUGUCCCCACUUUGAUUGGCUGGCGACGUGGAGACAACGAAGGACGCACACACGCGCUGUCACAACACCUCGAAGGCGGACACGGACAACAGCCUGCUUGGAGCGCGCUCGCGGCAACUGCCUGCAGAGCCCUUGUGUACGCACUUUCUCAGGUAGUAAAGGUUGUCCAACUCAAAUCGUCUUCCCUGACUUUUGAUUGGGAAUCUUUAUCUUGUCGACCACACGACUUCGACAAAUCCAGCAGUGUCAUUAUAUGCCCCUUAAAGCUAUUAAAGUGGAACAUCUGCCAGUCCCUUCUCUGUGCAGAACGAGAAUAAUGAUGGAAGGAUUCGGGCGCAAAACACCAUGACAGGGUAAUUUUAAAAUUGGAAGUCAUACGAGAACGUCCUUUGCUUGUUCAAGAGUACAUUGAGCACGUACAUACAUUUUGGAACAGUACUUACUUCUAUGAUUAGGUCUUAUUUCUAGACCAGCCUCCGAAGCCGACCCACGUGAUCAUACGUGGGAAGAACUUCCCACGAGAACACACUGUAUCGAUAGCAACUUUCGAGAAAUGCCGACGCCCAAAGGCUUUCAAUUCCGGAGAGCCGUCAAUCUGGUGGUCAACCACGAAAACCACUGAUAGCAAGGUUUCCAUCGACGUUGUAAAUGAUGCCUUCGGCCACAGUGGCAUUCAUCCACGUCAAAUGGACAUUGUACUGCCAAUAGAAGCGAAGAGACAAGUCCCAGCAAGUAGUCUUGAAGGCGGAGACACGAUCACUGGGACAGUGAUCAUGUCUCCUUCUUUAGGACAUUGUUCUGUUGUAGGAUAAUUUUCCUGUUCACCGUUUAGGGGUGAUAUCAACGCCGUCAACGAACAUUGCGGGCGCGGAUCGAUCUCGUCCGACAUCUCCAGACCCAGUGCUAAAUCAGCACCACCAUCCAAACUGCUGCCUACCCGACCGCUCCUGUUCCAGUCCAUACGGCGUCCAAGGCGACGACCUCCCUCACCGCCGAUGA